AUGCAAGAAGAGACAGUGUGUCGCCCCCAGGAUGCCCCUCAUGUGGGAGUGCUGGGCACAGGUGUGGGCGGCAGUGAUGAGCCUCCCUGGCUCUGGGGCCAGUGUCCCGUAGAGUCAGCAGCCGCUUUGGGGGCUGAUGCCACAGCCAAAUGGGAGGCUGCAGGAAGCCGUGGGGACCCACUCCCACUUCUGACCACCUCGCACCCCACACACACUCACACUCACUCACUCAUUCACACUCUCCCACAGCCCAACCCAGCCUUGGCCACCUCCACCAUGUCCCUCUGCUCCAGCACAUGCACCGAGCCCUGGCAGCUGGACGACUGCCCAGAGAGCUGCUGCGAGCCCCCCUGCUGCACCUCCAGCUGCUGCCAGCCCAGCUGCUGCGCCCCGGCCCCCUGCCUGAGCCUGGUCUGCACCCCAUGCUGCCAGUCAGGCUGCACCAGCUCCUGCACACCCACGUGCUGCCAGCAGUCGAGUUGCCAGCUGGCCUGCUGCUCCGCCUCCUGCACACCUGCCUGCUGCACACCUGCCUGCUGCACACCUGCCUGCUGCACACCUGCCUGCUGCACACCUGUCUGCUGCAAGACUGUCUGUUGCAUACCCACAUGCUGUAAACCUGUCUGUUGCACACCUGCCUGCUGCACACCUGUCUGUUGCACACCUGUGUGCUGUAAGCCUGUGUGCUGCACACCUGUCUGCUCCGGUGCCUCCUCCUCCUGCUGCCAGCCUGCCUGCUGCUCCUGCUCCCCCUGCCAGCCGGCCUGCUGCGUGCCCAGCUGCUGCACGCCCUCCUGUUCCUCCGUGUCCCUGCUCUGCCGCCCCGUGUGCAGACCCGCCUGCUGCCUGCCCUCCUCCUCCUGCUGCACCUCGUCCUGCCAGCCCAGCUGCUGCCGCCCAUCCUCCAGCGUGUCCCUGCUCUGCCGCCCCGCCUGCCCCCGCCCCGCCUGCUGUGGCCUCUCCUUGGGCCAGAAGUCCUGCUGCUGAAGGCCUUGUCCCACAAUAGGCUUAGGUCACCCUAUGGCCAGGCACCUCAUUGCCCCUCUCAGCCUCGUCGUGACCCAGGACUGCAGGCUGCUGUCUCCCCCUGAGGACAGGGCCCAUACUAUGUGCACUGUGCGGCUCUGACCCCUCCCUCCCUUGUCCUCAGCUCUGUCACCUGCCCUGAACCUCACCCUGUCAGCUCCUCACAGAAUCAAUAAACUUCCCAUCACCUGA